AGCAAAUCAGCACAUAUUUUUCAAGGUCUUUAAAACCCACCCUCCACAUAACGUAUAGUCCCACCAAAUCAAAUAAACAUAACCUAAUAUUCUACCUUACUUGUCCUUUUCCCAUAAUUUAAUUAAAAAAAUCCACAUUAUACCAUAUACUAAACUAUGUUGUUAGUUAGUGUCAUUUGACUCAUUUUGCUUAUAUACAUUGGCCCUUUUCUCUUCUUUGUCAUCCCCACCCAAUUCUUCUUUUUCCUUUCAUUAAUUUAACUUAACUCACAUAGCCAAAUAGCUUAUUCAAAAGCUCUUCUUUCAAUAUCAAUCAACACAAAAAGCCACAUAAACACAAAACACAAAAACAAUGUUGUCCCUAAAAAUGACUGAGAUGUGGACAACAAUGGGAUCAACCUUAGCAAGUUUAAUGUUCAUUUGGGCUAUCAUAAGACAAUAUUGUCCAUACCAACUUCUACGUUUCUUUGAAAAAUAUAGUCAUAGAAUCAUGGACUAUUUCUACCCUUACAUAAGAAUCUCAUUCCAUGAAUUCUUAGGUGAUAGACUCAAAAGAAGUGAUGCUUAUGGUGCUGUUGAAGCUUAUCUAAGUGCUAACACAUCAAAGAGUGCAAAAAGACUCAAAGCUGAGAUUGGAAAAGAUAGCACUAACUUAGUCUUAACAAUGGAUGAAUAUGAAAGAGUAACUGAUGAUUACAAAGGUGUAAAAGUUUAUUGGGUUUGUAGCAAAGUUAUGUCAAAUUCAAGAUCCAUGCCUUAUUAUCAAGAACAAGAGAAAAGAUUCUACAAGUUAACUUUUCACAAGAAGUAUAGAGAUACAAUAACUGGUUCAUAUUUGGAUCAUGUGAUGAAAGAAGGGAAAGAGAUUCGUUUGAGGAAUAGACAGAGAAAAUUGUAUACAAAUAGUCCUGGUUAUAAAUGGCCAAGUUAUAAGCAAACUAUGUGGAGUCACAUUGUUUUUGAACAUCCUGCAACAUUUGAAACAAUGGCUAUGGAACCAGAGAAGAAAAAAGAGAUUAUUGAAGAUUUGGUUACUUUUAGUAAAAGUAAGGAUUUUUAUGCUAGGAUUGGAAAAGCUUGGAAAAGGGGUUAUUUACUUUUUGGUCCUCCAGGUACUGGAAAAUCAACUAUGAUUGCUGCUAUGGCUAAUUUGUUGGGUUAUGAUGUUUAUGAUUUGGAGUUAACAGCAGUGAAAGAUAACACUGAGUUAAGGAAGCUUUUGAUUGAAACAACUAGUAAGUCAAUAAUUGUUAUUGAAGAUAUUGAUUGUUCACUUGAUCUUACAGGUCAAAGAAAGAAAAAAGGUGAAAGUAAGUUUUUUUCUGAUGAUGAGAAUGAAAAUAAGGUGAAUAUUGAUGUUUUAAGGAAGGAGGUGAAGGAAGAAGGAAGUGGAGGUGGGAAUAGUAAAGUUACACUUUCAGGGCUAUUGAAUUUCAUUGAUGGAAUUUGGUCAGCUUGUGGAGGUGAAAGGUUGAUUGUUUUCACAACUAAUUAUGUGGAGAAGCUUGAUCCUGCAUUAAUUAGGAGGGGUAGAAUGGACAAACAUAUUGAACUUUCUUAUUGUAGUUUUAAUGGUUUUAAAGUGCUUGCUAAUAAUUACUUAAGAGUUGAAAAUCAUGUAUUGUUUGAUAGUAUUGAGAAGCUUAUUGGUGAAGUUAAGAUUACACCUGCUGAUGUUGCUGAGAAUCUUAUGCCUAAGUCUCCUAUGGAUGAUGCUGAUAAGUGUCUUUCAAAUUUGAUUGAAGCUCUUGAGGAGAUGAAACAAAGUAGUAAAAUUAAGGAACAAGAUGAUGAAGUUGAACACAUUGGUGCUAUUAAGGAAAAUGGUGAGUUUGUUGAUGAUGAUGCUGAUGAUGACAAAGAAAUUGAUCAAGAAAUGAAGCAAAUUCAGAGAUAGCUAAUUUGUUAUAGUUAAUGGCAAAAUGUUAGGCACAUUUCUUAUCAUUGUAAGUAGUAUAAUAUGUUUUAGUAUCUGAAAUCUUUGAUGAUUUCCUACUAGUUAUUUAUGGGACUAAUUUUAAACUUUAUUGUUAAUGGUAUGAGUAAGUAACUUGUUAUUUUUUAUUUUCUUAAAACAACAUUUGGUUAUAGUGAUUCCAUUUUUGUUA